AUUGGGAGUAGAAGCCCUGUUCCGCCGCCCCCUCCCUCGCGGGGCCCCCGCGCGCUCAGCCGCCCGCCUCGCGGAGUUCAGUCGGGCUGGGAGAGGAAUGCGCUGGGAUGCGGAGCUGCGCCGUCCGUAGGAAAUCCGCGCAAAAACCCCGCACACUAUGGACAGCAGUGAUCCAUACUUGCACCUGAACUCUUCAGGGCCGAUGAGUGCAGCGCACGCACAUCCUCCUCCCCCUCCUAUGGGUGGCAUGGUGGGCCACCCAUCGGUCAUCAGCACCUCCAGGCCGAUCCAGUCCCCCAUGUCCAGCUUGGGCCUGCCGAUGAACGGGCUGGCCUCUCCGUAUCCCGUCAUCACGUCGUCUCUGGGAUCGCCCUCUGUGUCGCUGCAGUCCACCCCCAGCAUGAACUUCCGACAGCUCAGCAGUCCACAGAUGAACUCUAUGAACAGUGUCAGCAGCUCCGAGGACAUCAAGCCUCCGCCGGGCCUGCAGAACCUGGGGAACAUCAACUACCAGUGUACCAGCCCGGGGGGGAUGUCAAAGCACAUCUGCGCCAUUUGUGGGGAUCGCUCCUCAGGGAAGCACUACGGCGUGUACAGCUGCGAAGGCUGCAAAGGCUUCUUCAAGAGGACCGUCCGCAAAGAUCUCACCUACACGUGUCGAGACAGCAAGGAGUGCCUCAUCGACAAGCGCCAGCGGAACCGCUGUCAGUACUGUCGCUACCAGAAGUGCCUGGCUAUGGGCAUGAAGAGAGAAGCGGUGCAGGAAGAAAGGCAGCGUGGGAAGGAGCGUGGGGAGAACGAGGUUGAGUCGACCUGCAGUUUCAACGAGGAGAUGCCCGUGGACAAGAUCCUGGAUGCCGAGCUGGCUGUGGAGCCCAAAACAGAGACGUACAGCGACAGCAGUCCCGGGAACUCGACCAACGACCCCGUCACCAAUAUCUGCCAGGCAGCUGACAAGCAGCUCUUCACCUUGGUGGAGUGGGCCAAAAGGAUCCCGCACUUCUCUGAUCUCCCCCUGGAUGACCAGGUCAUCUUACUACGAGCAGGCUGGAACGAGCUGCUCAUCGCCUCUUUCUCACAUCGCUCGGUCACAGUUAAGGACGGCAUCCUGCUGGCUACGGGGCUCCACGUCCACAGGAGCAGCGCCCACAGCGCCGGAGUCGGAUCCAUCUUUGACAGGGUUCUGACAGAGUUGGUUUCAAAAAUGAAAGACAUGCAGAUGGAUAAGACGGAGCUCGGCUGCCUGCGAGCGAUCGUCCUCUUCAACCCAGAUGCAAAAGGGUUGUCCAACCCAUCAGAGGUGGAGGCGCUAAGGGAAAAGGUUUAUGCCUCGUUGGAGGCGUAUACAAAACAGAAGUACCCAGACCAGCCGGGCAGGUUUGCCAAACUGCUGCUGCGGCUGCCCGCCCUCCGCUCCAUCGGCCUCAAGUGUCUGGAGCAUCUGUUCUUCUUCAAGCUAAUCGGUGACACGCCUAUCGACACCUUCCUGAUGGAGAUGCUGGAAGCCCCACAUCAGAUCACAUGACACGAGUCCUGCCCGCCCCCCUUGUAUAUAAUCCUACACUGUGAGCAUUUGAAGAUGGAGACCGUUUGAAAUUGUAAAGCAAAUUAUUUUGUACCAAGUAAAAUGUGUGUAAUAAAGAAACCCGUUGUGGCCGUGGGGACAGUGUUCUGUGGAAGCAAAUUGUUUUAGAGCUGUUAACAGAUUUUGUAAAUAGGUGAUUUCAGGUUUUAAAAGCAAGCCGAAGAUAUUUCAAUUAAGGAAUAAAAAAAGGAAUCAUAUUUUAUUCAAAGAAAAAUGUGUAAAAACAAAAAA